CUCACUCAGUCCAGCUCUAAUAUUGCACUUUGCUCAAUACAUUUCUAUUUUGUCCAAUUUGCAGUUACUGGAAUGAACCAAAAUCACUACAAAGGCACCAACAACAACAACUGCAGUAAAAGUCUUCUCAGUGAUCAAAAGGAAAAGCUUAUCCAGGCUAUUAAAAGAAUCAAGCACGAGGUAGACGAAUGCAGGGAAGCAGAGACGAAGACAUUCAUAGAGUCUUUGGGCGUAGAGAACAGUUUUGAUGCCCUCAAACGAGAAGUCAGAUCCGAGUUUGAGAACCUCCAUCGUUUCCUGGAUGAGGAGGAAUGUAAGGAUCUGGAGCGACUUCAGAGAGAGAGACAGAAACAAGUGAAGCAGCUCAAAGAGAGGGAGAAGAAAAUAGCAGCGCAAGCGACAGACCUGGAGACAGCGAUAUAUGUCCUCAACAAAAAACUGACCGAGGAGGACCAUCCCAAACUGCUCAGAGAAAUUCAAGAUCUCAUAAAAAGGCAGGUCUUCUCAACCAAACUGUUUUCCCUUUCUCUCAGUAAUCUUCUGUGUGAGCAUGCUGGGCAUUUCCUCUCAUUUCUGCACAUCAAAUCCAUCUCCAUAACCCUCAAACUGUGGUGCGUUUACCCGAUCGAUGUUCCACCAUUCAUCAUUCAGUCCUCCCCCUUCCUGCUUUGUCCUAACAGGUCCCAGGUCAGCUUCAAACCUCCAGCAGAGGUGGACACUGAGGUGCGCUCCGGACAGUUUGUGGGUCCCAUUCAGUACCGGAUAUGGAAGCACAUGAAAAGCUGGCUCUACCCAAGUAUAACAUCAAUGACCUUUGACCCUGAGACGGCCCAUCCUAACCUAUCCCUGUCCAAGUCCUGCACCUCAGUGUGGUUUGAGGAGGAUAAAGACACGAAGGGUUGCCAGCCCAACCCUCAGCGGUUCCACUAUUAUUACUCUGUGUUCGGCCACCAGAGCUUCACCACUGGACGACACUACUGGGAGGUGGAGGUGGGACGUAAGACAGCGUGGAGGUUGGGCGUGGCGCGAGCUGACGUCCCACGAGGGGAGAUGGACGCGACAGGAACCUCCAGCGGCGUCUGGACUAUGGCCAUGAAGGGCGGGUCUGUGGUGGCCUGCACCGACCCCGAGCCCACGAAGGUCAACGUGUCCACCCGCCUCGUCCGCAUCGGGUUGUUCUUAGACUGUGAGAAGGAGGAGUUGUCUUUUUAUAACGCUGUCACCAUGUCGCCUAUUUACACCUUCUCCAUGGAGUAUGUCGGCGUGGCUCUGUUCCCCUUCUUUAACCCGUGUGACGCAGACGAAGGGAGGAACGUGGCGGCCCUUAAGAUGUUUAACCCUUCCAUUUGAUGCAGAGGUUUACAACACAAAUUGUUCAUUUAAUGUUAAUAAAACUACAGUAUAUAUCAUUUUUUGGCCAGGGCUUAAGAGACAAGAUAAUUAAGUGGCAACUAUUAAUUAAGUAUGGUUAGUAUGAAAUCAUUUUCAUCUUAUGUGAAAUAACAGCAUUUCAAUUUUCUUUGGACGUUUUUCAAUUUCCUGUAAUUUUAACAGAAGGAUUAAUUGAUUGAGAAAAAAGAUGACUUCACCUCAAUUUUGUUACAUUUUUUUGACAUUUUACUGACAAUAUGAUACAUUGAUUGAGAAAGUAACAGACAUAUUAAUUUAUAAAGAAAACAAUCGUUAGUUAUCUAAUUGUAUACUGUGAAUACCACUUGCUUAAAAACUGUUAAAUGAUUUUUCAGUACAAACAUAAAACAUGCCUAUACAAGUAUGUUUUCUGUUUUAAAUGAUGUUUUACAGUUGUAACUUAAAAAGUAAAAUACAUAUUUGCUUCAAAUGAAGGUUGUUAUCUGCAAGUGUGAACAUUAUGAUGUCACCUCUGUUCGGCUAUAAAUAUCUCUGUUGUGGCUGCUUAGCUAUGAUGUGUCCUGCGAGGGUAUAGAAGCUGGUAUUAGUGGCACGUGGGGCCUGAAGGGUGAGAAAGUGGCGCGUGACACUCUGAUGGCUGACAUUGAGUGAGACGACUCAUUGACAGGGAGAGAAAACAGUUUGAGAGAAUAGGAAAACAAAGACAAGAGGACGGCAGAAAUGUCAUAAUCGCUUGUUUAUUCUUAGUAUUCCUUUAGACAUGAAAUAAAGAAACAAAAAAUAUUUUCUUUACAAAACAUCUGUGUGUGAAGUGUUGUGCAAAAAGGGAGUACAGAGAGAUGUCACACCAUACACUCACACAUACACACACACAUUCUCACACACAUACACGCACACACCAAGGCCAGAACAGCAGAAGUAAACAGAGAAGAUCAGGGCAGAGAUGACUCACAUAGUGCAAGAAGUGCAGAAGUGGUAGUAAAACUAGUAGUUAUCUAUUAGUUAUUGGUGGGUAAAACACCAGAAUCUCCAAUAACCCACCAGACUGAGCCUUCUUUGAGAUGCUGGUAAACUAAAGGCUUGUCCUGCCUCUCUCACAACCCUACUCACUCUGACUGGAGUGGCUUGGUAUUACAAUCACUGACAAUAAUACUGUACAGUAGCGGUGGUGUAUGGAAAUGCUUUUAGGUCAGUCUCUCGUCAAAUGCUCACCACAACCAAACCCUGUUGGUUACAAAGCGUUCAUCUGAUCACUCACCAACUCCUUGCUGUGCCACAGACUUGAAUAAUGCUAUUUGAAACACCACUCACUUACAAACAGAGCGCCAUCAGCACUCAUUAUGCUACUUAUAUUAAUCUGGAAAACCAUAAUCACUUUCAACGUUUUUAUACAUUAUAGAUAUCUCCAAAGCAUAUCACAGGCCAGCCACUUGUUGUUCAGUCGGGUGUGCGAAAAUGUUUCGUGAAUACCCUACGUUUCAAGAAAAAGGUGCCAUUAGGAGUGUCGGCAAAUGACAAGAGGCACUAAACAAAGACAAGAGUCACUCAAAUAUCUCAAAGUUACGAUAUCUUUUACAAUAUUCUGUGGCUUUACACACAUUCACACUUAAACACAGCACUUGGUUUCUUCAUGUUGCGGGACGAUUUAAGCAGGCACAUGAAUACCUCACUCGACAACACACACGGAGAAGCUCAAAUAAAGUACAGUCGGGUCACUCUGUACACGCUGGCUAUGCAUAGAUUCAGCACGCACAAUAAACCACUCGUAAAUCAUUCACACGUGUGCGUCAUAGGCAAAAACACAGAAACCCCAAACACACAAUGAUGGCAACAUUGAAACGUCACUCCUCUGGACACACACACACACUUUAGGACGAUAAAAGCCUGUUUUUCAUGUCGUGGGCAUGCUGCAGCUUUAGGUGACGUAGGUUAAACAUUUUAAUACAACACGUAAAUACUGUGAAGGAUGCUGCGAGUACCGUCAGGUUGGCAAUAACAGCAGAUCUCAAAAGAUCUAAUAUACUCUUUAAUGGAUUUUUUUACAAUAUUUGGUUCUUAAAUUAGUUCAAGAUGUUAGUGAAUAUUAGUGUAGAUAGAUUAUAGUACUGUGAGCGUAUAUAUUUUAUAUUCUGGAUUUAAUUUGAGUGAGAAAUGUUAAAUUCUUCUUUAUUAUUCAGUAUAAUACAACAACCAUUCUAUACACGAGAAACAUUCAGCCUGUAGGGGGUUACACCGGCGUACACAUGCAAUAUUUACAAGGCUGGAAUGUGUGUGUGUGUUUGUGUGUGUGCGUGUGUGUAAAGACAAUUGUUAGUAUUGCCAAUAUAGGUUUGUGUUUCUUUUACAGAUCCAGUCUAGAAAUGAGACCUAUCCAGAGUUUGUGUAAAACAUCUGACUAUCUGAUACUUUUUGUAAAUUGAACAUCGAGGCCCCUUCAUUCAUUAUUACAGUAUAUUUGUCGAUCUUAGUAUCAAAUCCGACAUCUAAACCUCCCUCAUCAUAUGGUUCUUUAAAAUGCUAAAGUGUCGCAUGAUAUUAAUUGAACUGUAAGAAAAAUCUAUUAUUUAGGAAAGCUACCAAGAAAUGUUCCCACAUCUCACUAACUGAAUUUCAUGGCUGUCAUUUUGUGCUUAAUUGAAAAAAAGUUUUUAUAGAUUUCCGUGCAAUGAACCUGGACUUUCCAUUGGUUGGUUAGAAUAUGAGGCAGAGACAUGCAUUUUGUAACACUAAAAUGUAUCUGCACACGUCCCUCUACCAUACAGGAGGUUCAGCUACGUUUGAUCUGUGUUAAACAGCCACACAAAUGAUGCUGUGGCUUCCAUAUAUGCAUCAUUGAAGUGUUUUGACCCAUUAAAGAAACAGGAACUACUGUAAGUCACUGUCAACACAACCAAAUACUUCAGAGGAAAUAUCUAGUUGGAAAGAUUAAUCAAAUCUCUGUCAAAGGCUGUGUACUUUAAGAGACACCGCAAAAUAAUGUUCUGCUCUUACUUCCGGUAACAUUUAUCAAUG